AUGAGAAUUUAUCAAUGUCAUUUUUGCUCAUCGCCAUGUUAUCCAGGUCACGGUAUCAUGUUUGUACGUAACGAUGCUAAGGAAUUUAGAUUCUGUCGUUCGAAGUGUCACAAGGCUUUCAAGCAACGUCGUAACCCAAGAAAACUAAAAUGGACUAAAGCUUUCAGAAAGGCUGCUGGUAAAGAAUUGGCUGUCGACUCUACCCUGACUUUCGCCCAAAGAAGAAAUGUUCCUGUUAGAUACAAUAGAGAAUUAGUUGCCACAACUUUGAAGGCCAUGGCCAGAAUCGAAGACAUCAGACAGAAACGUGAGAGAGCCUUCUAUAAGAAUAGAAUGAGAGGUAAUAAAGAAAAGGACUUCUUGAGAGAUAAGAAAUUAGUUGAAUCUAACCCCGAGUUACUGAGAAUCAGAGAGGUUGAAAUUGCCAGAAAACUGGCCAAGGAACAAGAAAGAGUCGAAUCAGAAUCUGAAGAAGAAGAGGAAGAUAUGGAAAUCGACAGUGAUGAAGAAGAGGAAGAACAAUUAGAAAAGCAAAAGAUCUUGCUAAAGAACAAAAGAAGAAACAUAAAGAAAAUUGCUUUUUAA